UCUCUCUGUUAGUUACUGAAGUCACUAUUUUCAUGUUGAAUUCAAUGAUUAUGUUAAUUAAAAGUUCUUUUAACGAUUCGAUUCGAUUCGACAUAAAAAGUCUUUGAUUCGCACAUCUUUAAUCAGUAUAUUGGCGGCCUCUGAUUACUAUCUAGUGAAUUAAUCAACACUGCAAUUUUACUAAUUGUUCUUUGAUAGAUCAUUUUAUUCUUUAUUAUCAACAAUUGCAUAUUUAAUGACAGCAGCUGGUCUGUUUAAAUGUUAAUGUACUAUACUAAUCAUUAUAUCCCUGCCAAUCACUAUACUUCUUCUUCUAUGUUACACAUAUACAUCAUUACAUAUAUAUUAUUAUUAUUAUUAGCAUUAUUAUUGUUAUAUUAUACCGAAAACGUACUUUUUACCUCCGGUAAAUUUCGCUCGGGUGUCGUAUUUCAUAACGGAACUCCGAUUUGAAUCUUUGUUUCUCCACAUCUGCACUAAUUAUAUCGAUCUCGAUUAGUUGUGCCUUACCGAUGUAAUGAUAUUCUAAUUUAAGCCUGUCGUGAACGUGCGCGUAGUUUAUUGUGCGCAAUGUGUAAUAAUGUAGAGACGUUUUUGUAUCGUGAAGUGUUUUAAUUGAACUUCUCGUCAUACGAGAUUUAUAUAUGGUAUUUUAAUUAUACUUCUCGUCAUACGAGAUUUACAUAUACGAGUUAUAUAUAGAGAGAAAUUAUGGCCUCGUUUUAUAUGACAUUUUUGCAAUUCUUUUAUGUUUUAUACUAGUAAAAGAAUAAGUUGUCAGUCGAGUGUACCUUGCUAGAGAACGUAAUAAAUUUUAAGUAGAUUAAUUAAGUAGAUUAUCUUCCUACAUGGAGAGAAAAUUUUAUAGAAAGAAUUAUAGAAUUUUUUAGCCAAUGAAUGGAUAGCGCAAUCUGCAUUGAUUUGGUAUUUGUCUUUUUAUUUUAUAUAUGCUAUCUAUAUUUUAGAAACCGAAAUGUGUUAUUAAAAGAUUUGCCAUGUUCCUUACUGGUUCUAUUCCCGCAAAACUGGGAACAUAACACAAUUAAAAAAAUUUAUAGGAAAAACAAAAAUUAAAAUAUUCUCUCCUUAGAUCGCCUGAAAGUCAUCCUUUUCAUGCAAACAUCAGUCCUAUCUGAGACAUCGUAGUCAUUUUACCUUUUCUUAUAACACAUAUACAUAUUUACACAAAUACAUAAACAUAUUUACUUUUAGAAUCAUUAAAAAAAUGAAUAUCUGACUGCGAAUAACAUUUACAUUUAUAUUUACAUUUAGUAAAAUUAGUCAAAGGAGUAAAAAUUCUAAGUUAUAAAUAUAGAAGUAGAAGAAGAUUCUCUCCGUAUACAAUAUAUAAAUAUAAGACAUGAUAAUUAAAGCAGAAUGUCGAUUAUAUGUUUCCCACGGAAAUUCUAUAAUACUUACGGAAUUCUAUAAUAAUUUUUAUCAGAAAAUUUCCUCCGACCAUCGUAUACAUGAAGAAUGUUGUAAUUCUUUUCUUCAUAUAAAUUCUUUUCAAUUUUAUUAUAUUUUCAGUAGUGCAGGGAUAGACUGUCAACAAAUUUUAGCAAUUAUAUCAAAUUUUUUGAUAGCACAUUUCAGUUUUUAAAAUAUAAAUAGCACAUACGAAAUAAAAGGAUGAUGAAUUCCUGCAGAUUAUUGAUCUAUUCCUUGGGAUACAAAGUUCUGUAGUAAUUUUUACUGUGAAAUUCUCUCUGUAUAUAGUAUAUCCGAAAUUACGGUGUAUGUUUACGUCAAGCAUUGAGUCAGUGAAAUUUUAGCGUAAUAGCAAAAGCGCGACGAGACGCAAUCGCGACCUUCAGCGUAGCGCGUGUCUUGUCGCUCAUCUGUCUUGAACUUGGUUGGGUCGCGAUUAUUCGGCACGUUCCUUGUGGGUUGGCGCUAAUUAUUCUUCGUUACGUCUUCAUUCCAGCACUUAGUAUCGACACGUCCGUGCAGAACGUGAUAAACAGCAUGGCUGAGGCAUGCUUCGCGAGUAUCAAGAGCCGAUUUAUCUGAUGCAAAUAUUAUGGUUCCGUGUUCCUUCAGUAGAAUAUCGGUGAAGUUGCAAAUUUGACGUUUGAUGUGCACAUGUGUGGUAUAUUUUACUGACCCGAAACAUAUGUUUAGAAACUCUCAAUCACUAUUACAUUACUAUGGCUAUUAAAUUUUUUAUUUUUUUCAAGUGCCAAGAGUCAUCUGCAUGUUAUCUACGACCAUCAUCUGCUAUUUUUUUUUUUAUUUUUUCAACAUUCAAGCAUUAAACAUUUCUUUUCAUUCAACCUUUCUUUAUAUUUUAAUUAUUAAAAUAUAAAUAGCAUAUAUGAAAUAUGAAAGGAGAGACUUACUGCAGGAGGUUGGUCUAUUCCUCGACCACAAAAUUCUAUAGCAAUUUUUAUUAUAAAAUUCUCUAAAUUCAGUAGAAAAAGCAAUCUUGCGCUGUACUGUCAGUAACCUUUCAACUGUUAUAAGAUUUUCUGCUAAACAACAUUAACAGCUCACACUUUUCCAACAUAUUUACCAAGUUCAGUGUACUAAAAAUAUAUCGCAAGAAAUGACGACUUAGUAUACUUAUUGGAGAAGCAUAAAUUUGUUGAAAAUGCAUAAACAGCUAAUAUCGCAGAAAAUGUUGCGACAGUUACAAAACUGCUGACAGCGUAGUGCAAAGCUAUUUCUUGUCUUGAACGCAGUCAAUGAUGUUUAAUAUUAACGGAUAUAACGAAAACCUUUAUUCUGAGCUUUAUUUUAUUGGUGAAAAUAUCUUUAAGAGUCGAUUUUUAAUAGUAAUUUCAACUGAGAUUUAAUUUUAAGUUCUGUCUAAAGACAUCAAACGCAUCAUUAGCAUAGAGUUUAAACUUAAAUCUAAGUUUAAACAGCUAUUGAAAAAUCAGUUUUAAGUGUAUUUAAUUUUUUAAUUGGUCUGUAAACAUUUACAAGCGCUUUUAUUGAUAAAAGUGAGUUGAGAAUAAGAGCCAAAAUACAUUGCGAGAAAAACAUGGUUGAUCUAAGAUUAUUAAUUAUACUUUUUGUUUAUUCUAAUAUGAAAACGAUAGCAGUAAUAUGCAUAUAUGAUUAUUAUCAUUAACUUAGUAGAAUUUAAUAAAAAAACAUUGUAGGUUUUUUAGCCAUAAUUUAUAAUAAUCAGUUCUCUAUGUGAUUACAGUUAGAAAUUUCAAAUAUUUUCUUUCUUAGUGCAUGUAAACAAGAAUGAAAUAGUUAUGAAUUAUAUAUUUAUAUUUGAAGCAGCGUAACCUUGUUGAUCGCCACUGUGGAUUCCGUUGAUAGCCGUUGCGGUGAAUUCGAAGAAACACCGGCACUCACAUAUCGUAUCUCACAUCUCGCUUGGGUCGCUCUUGCGACCACAAGCGCGCUAAAGAACAAGAUAUUUGUCUACAUUGUGGUGCGCGACCGAGCACCUGCGUAUUUCUUGUGCUAUGACCGUAACAUUGGCCCAGAAAGUCGCGGCGCAACUCGCUCCUUAUUGUUUGCGUCGACCGCGGGGGGAGAGGGAUAACGCGAGGAAUAAAUAACAGAACUCGCGGAAAAAUAAAGGCGCGAUCGUUCAGGUAAUGCGAACCUGCUGACAGGUUCAGUCGGGAGAGAUAUCUGUUGCUGGCAGUCAUAAUUAUCGCGUCAUUUUAUAACGCAACAUUGGCUGGCCGUGUCUAGCCACGAAAACCGGCUUCGGAAGACCGCUAUCAGGGAUAAAUAUUAACGAGUGCUGACUCUCGCUAAUAUUUACUUCCUCGCGUGUGUUAAGUAAACCAGGUUUUUGUGUCUGCGCGGACAGCCUGCGACCAUCUACGGUGCAUUUGCUGCUAAUGAGCUUGAAUCGAUCGCUCGUACGGUCCAGGCGACAUUCCGCAGGGAGGUGGUUCAAUGCUCGCGGUGGACAAACGAUGACAGGAUGUCAAGCGUGGCGGAUAAUUUUACCGAUCGUCGUAAUAUGGAAAGCGGCCGCAAACGGCGCGGACGCGAACGCCGCGUUAAUCCCAUUAAAUGACAAGAAGUCGUUGGAGUCGAACAAAUACAUCUAUUCGUGGACAGGGCCGAACGCCUUGGCCAGGUCGGCCUUGGUGGAGCGACAGGAGAGAUUGCAGUAUAAUUGCGAGCUGGAAAGCAAAGACGCCGAUAUUGGCGCGUUAACUCCAGAAUCGUUCAGGAAUAUUCUCGUGGACGACUCGCACGAAUUGCUUUACUGCUAUGUGCCAAAGGUGGCUUGUACGAAUUGGAAGCGCGUGUUGAUGAUCGCAAUGGGAAAAUGGGCCGGUAAUGAUCCUUUAGAAAUACCGGCCGACCUGGCUCAUUCACCGACUACCUUUCAGAGAUUGAGCAAUUACACACUGCCUGAAAUAGAGAAGAAAUUGGCGACGUACGAUAAACUGAUCGUCGUGCGACAUCCUUUGGAGAGGCUUUUGUCGGCCUAUCGAAACAAAUUGGAGGCCAAAAACGAAAAAAGCGCGAAAUACUUCCAAAGCCGUUUCGGCAAAAAAAUCGUCAAGAAAUACAGAUCGAAUGCGACCGAGGAAUCCUUAAAGAACGGCGACGAUGUGACGUUUCGCGAAUUCGUCAAUUUCAUCACCGACAAUUCCGAAAACGGCACCCGGAACGAGCACUGGAGGCCGAUAUACGAGCUUUGCCAACCUUGUACAGUUAAUUACAAUCUUGUGAGCAAGUAUGAGAGUCUGGUGGAGGAUGCUACAGAGGUCCUCGAGCGGAUAGGCGUCACGUCUGUGAGCUGGAAAUUGAAGGAGCAACAUAUACCCUGCGAGGUAUGAGAGGCUUUAAAUAUUUGGCUGCAGUUCAUUUUUACUCCAUCCCACCAACAGGAUUCUACCAGGUCUUCACAAGGUCGCAGUAACUUCACCAAUUCCAAUAGCGUAAUAUUAUUAUACUCCAACAGCAUCCUUAAAUUAUUUAGGUGAUUCCUACCACCGGGGACGCGCUCACUUGAAAAUGCAACCCCGUAUCUGAAAGAUUUUAUAGCGUAGCGUGUUAAAUUGAUGCAUUGAGCGUCGCAGUGAUGGGCACCGGUGAUGGGCACUAUGAUACAGAAACCGGGUCUAGAAGUUACACGGGUCAGUUGUCACAAAGUUUAUAUCUGGCGUAAUAAGUGAAAGAGUAUAUUUUUCUUUAUAGUAUAGAUAUUAUCUCAAGUAGAAAAAUUAAUCAGAGUACGCAUUAAAUCUGUAAAAGCUCUAGUUAGGUAUGCCCUAAGUUAGGCUUGCCUUCAUUGAGCCUAGAUAUGGCCAAAAAAAAGUAAAUUCGGAAUGGAAUUUUAAUAAAUAGAUCCUGAAUAAGCAUUGACGUAGAUGUCCCAAGAUAGGUCUACUUUUGUCGGGCCUAGACAUAGCCAAAAGAAGCAAAUUUGAAAUGAAAUUUUGUGAAUAGGUCUUGAGUAGUCUCUAACGUGAAUGCCUUUAAUGAGGCUUGCCUUUGUUGAGCCGAGAACUGGCGUAGAAAGAUAUAUUCGGAAUGGAAUUUUAAAUAAAUCUAAGUCAGCUUGUCUUUACAAUGCCUAGACAGAAGUAGGGAAAAACUAUGUAAGCCCUUUUUGGGUCCCGUUUCAAACGUUUUGGGUUGUUAGUUGGGUGUACAAAAUAGUUUAUGACAAAAAUAUCGCAUGUGGUAUUUGUAAGCACUUUUUUGGACGCGGUGCAAAAAUUCUUUCUUAUCUCUAUUUUUAUUGGCUCAUUGGUUUUGGAAUUUUUAAUCACAAUCUGUUCUUAGUUAUAAGAAAUGUUAUAGAUUCAUCUAAUUUUCCUGCAAUUAGUUUUUCGGUUCAACAAUUACUGUAACAUAAUUUAAAAAUAUAAUCUCUAUUAUUUCAAAUGAUUGUUCGGGUUAAGUUAAAUGGGAUUAAUUAUCACGCGUUCUGAAUCCGUCACGUAGUUAUGACGUGAUUUUACAAGAGUAUGGAGAUAUACGCAAUAAUGUAUUAUAUUGUACAUGUCAUAAGAAUAAAUCUGGGUAUAAGGUU